AUGCUGGUGCUCCUCGCCCUCGCCGUGCUGCUGGGCUACGCCUCGGGCUGCGGCCGGCCGGCCGUGUCGCCGCUGAGCGGGCGCGUGGUGGGCGGCGAGGACGCGCGCCCCCACAGCUGGCCCUGGCAGGCCUCGCUGCAGUACCGCUUCCUGGGCAGCUGGAGCCACACGUGCGGCGGCACCCUCAUCAGCGACCGCUGGGUACUCACGGCCGCCCACUGCAUUAGCUCCAGCCGCACCUACCGCGUGGUUCUGGGCAAGCAGAACCUUGCCRAGGAGGAGGCGGGCACCGUGACCGCCGCCGUCGAGAAGAUCAUCGUGCACGAGAAGUGGAACUCCCUCCGCAUCAUCAACGACAUCGCCCUGGUGAAGCUGGCGGAGCCGGUGCAGCAGAGCGAGACCGUCCAGGCGGCRUGCCUGCCGCCCGCCGGGCUCCUGCUGCCCCAGGACUACCCCUGCUACGUCACCGGAUGGGGACGCAUCCGCACCAACGGGCCGCUGGCUGACGUGCUGCAGCAGGCGCUGCUGCCCGUGGUGGACGAGGCCACGUGCACGCAGAGCAGCUGGUGGGGCAGCACGGUGACGAGCAACAUGCUGUGCGCCGGGGGCGAYGGCAUCGUCUCGGGAUGCAACGGGGACUCGGGCGGCCCCUUGAACUGCCAGCGCGACGGGCUCUGGGAGGUGGACGGCAUCGUCAGCUUCGGCUCCUCGUGGGGCUGCAACACGCUGCACAAACCCACCGUCUUCACGCGCGUCUCUGCCUACAUCGACUGGAUCAACGAGAAAAUCAGCGCCAACUGA